GAUUUGGUAUUUAGGGUUCUUGGGGAAAAUGAAAAUAUUUCCUUUCGUCUGUUCUGGCCGCCCUCGCCUGUGAGUGGACACUGGAGGGGAUCUCUCGCAGCUCGCGGCAAUGAUCCGCCGACUAUGUCGCAGCGAGCACUUCAAGGCGCUUUUUUCCACCCUCUUUGCGAUGAUGCUGGGGAUUUUUAUCGGCAUUACUUUCUCAGAGUCGAGCUUCUUUUUGUCGAUGCGAUCCAUGAUGGAAGACUGUAGAAAACCUGUGAUCUGCAAGGCUGCUGGGACAGAAACAUUGCCACCAACGAUUGUAGAAGGACAAACUGAUUUGUUUUUGCGUAGACUUUGGGGGAAUCCAGAGGAGGAUCUUCCCUUCAAGCCAAGAUAUUUGCUAACGCUUACUGUCGGAUCAAAUCAGAUGGAAAUGGUGGACAAAGCUGUUUCCAAGAAGAAGGUGUGGGGAGUGGUGUCUUGCAUUGUGUUGCCUCCAUUAGAGAUGACACCAGAGGAAGAAGUGGCGCUUUCUUUAACUGAUUGA